UUGAAUUGCAUUGUAUUUCAGUUGCAAGAAUGCAAUUCCAAUUGCAUUGUAUUUGAAUUACAUUGUAUUUCAGUUGCAAGAAAGCAAUUCCAAUGGCAUUGUAAUUGGAUUGCAUUGUAUUUCAGUUGCAAGAUAGCAAUUCCAAUUGCAUUGUAUUUCAAUUACAUUAAAUUUCAAUUGCAUUGUACUUGAAUAACACUCCUGAUUCAAAUAAUUAACAAUCGAGUGAAACUAAACGUUUCAAUCAUGUAACUGAUCUACGAUGUACUCGAGUUACUCUGAAUUAAUUCUUGUGCACUGCAUUACCAUAUAAUCGAAAUACGAUGCAAUUAAAUCGCGAAAUGCACUUACAAUUUAACCAAACUUAGCACAACUCUGGCGUACGACAAGUGAUUCCCGGCAAUUUCGAUAGAAGUCUCGUUGAAAAAAAGCACUUACUCGCGGCAAUUUUACACGAAAGAGACGAAACAAUUGAACAAAUUUUAUAAAAAAGAAAAGAAAAAGUUAUCCCGUCAGAAAAUCCAUUAACAUACUCUCCAAUGCGACUGUACAUGCACACACGCGUGCACACGCACGAAACGAAAGUACUCAAAAAAUAGGCGGAUUCGUCGCUAAAAAUUCACCGAACUUCCGGUCUCGCGUCACGAAAUUUCUGUUAAUUGCCGCCGAUCUAACGCGUGCCAGAUCAACGAUGUAUACAAUGUUAUCGACUAUGAAUAUAAAUUUAUUAAUCUUCGAAGCGCUCGCAGGGGUAAUAAUCGGAAUUAUUUGCGAACGAGAGAUUUCGGCAGUCCGCGUGGACAAGCCAUGAUACGUCCGAGGUGCUUAAGAGAUUGUUCGAGAUAACAAAUUAUCUCUCUAGACGAAUUGUACAACGCCGGUGUGAUCUAUAAACAUGCCGUUACGAGUUUACGGCGUGCCGACCUAAUCGUUUGAACAAAUUAACGCCUACUGUUACGGAGAAUAAAAACAAUUAUAUUUCCCAAAACGCAGCUCCUGUUUAUUGCAUGCGACGCGCGCGCCCUUCGUUCCGUCGCGUCCGACAAAGACGCGCGAGCUACGUGAAACAAAAAAAAAUUGUACCCGCUGCGAAAAAUUGUAGCAAUUUCGUCCGACGGCGAUCGACCUAAUAAAAGAGCAAAAAACAGAUGCCUGUGCAUCGGACAGGUAACGCGCGAAAAGUCCGCCGAUUUCUCGGCGUAUCGACGAUUCCGACGUCGACGGAGCCCGCGAUCGGAACACCCUCUUUAUCGUCUCCUUUUGUUUCAGGUUGCUGGGUGCAGCUGCCGUCGCGAUCCGCGCACGUCCGGAACCUGACGUUCGUCCGGCAGUCGGACAUCGGGGAGUACCGGCGCUUUUACAAGCCGGUCCGCGCUGCCUGCGGCCAGUCGAACUACAGGUGCCCGAACUGCGGCCGCUAUUACAUGCGGAGCUCGUGCCUGCAGCGCCACCUGCGCGUCGAGUGUGGCCAGGCGCCGAAGUACCAGUGCAACGUCUGCCAGAACUGGUUCAAGUACAAGUACAACCUGACGGCGCACCUGCAACUACACUUGGAGGAGCCGAAGUUCCAGUGCGACAUCUGCCUGAGGAGAUUCUACAGGCACGACAAGCUGGUCAAGCAUCGGACGAUCGCGCACAGGAUCCUGUGCCGCGCCUAAUUCGCGCGGGCCGAUAGGUCGACGACGGCUGUUCCGAUUUCUCGGCCGCGUCUCGUGCGACGCGACGAGAAAACGUGGCCGGACGAUUGCUACUCUGUCGCAGGAUUUAUUAUAGGCGGUGUGACAUUAAAUGCCUCGAAAUUUGGCACCGAGAGAUUCCCGAGGCGAUUUCGAGCAACUUUUUCCUUUGCGGAAAUGCGAUCCGCCGCUUCGUUCACGAGUUAUCGACGAAAAACGUGGG